UUUGCUGGCUCUCUCUUUCUCUCUCCCUGUCUCACUCUCUCUCUUUCUCUUCUAUCCGAGCACAAUGAAAGCCUGUGUAUCUCCGUGACUCCGGGCAGUGGAGCGAGCGAGUGUCAGCAAAGCGGCCAACAACAGAGGAGAAAGAGAAAGGAAAAUACCAGCUACUUUUUUUUUUUCCACAUAUAAAUCGGAGCGAUCCAAGAGAUUCACAUUGGUCAUUGCGAGUCCAAACCCCGCAGAUCAACUGGCCGGGGAUGGAAUGUACAAAAACAGAAAGGAAAGUGACUGGACGUUACUUGGUGCAAUACGCUGGAAGUUUGUAAGUUGGACUAUCAUUUGUAAAUUACUCUGGGAAGAGUUCUCUGUAGAUACUGUCUGAAGAGAGCCCGGGUGGGGAAGAGCAGCAUAAGCGGGAAAGCAAUGCUCUGAGGGAUCUGCCUAGCUAGCUACUUUAGAUUGCUUUCAUUAAGGAAAGGGAACCUUACAAGAGAUGAGGCUCUUACCAGUGGCUGGAUUCGCGGAAGACAAGAGCGUGGUCGGAAAGUCCAGUUAUUGACAUUGCGAACAACCGAGAAACUGUCUCCGUCUUUUUUGGGGGAGAACGAAAUAGAGGAGCUCUGUUGCAGCAGCGACAGUCACCAAACAAGGAGGAAGCAUAGGGAGAAAAGAAGGGAAAGAGGGGGAGAAAAAAAGAAAUUAAAACCAAAGACAGUAGAUGCUGUUGGCACAUUGUGAUCCUCGGUUUUAAACUCUAUUCAAAAGGCAGUACAUUUUUUUUUAAAAAAAUGAGAAAAAAUGACUGGGGUAAGGCCAUGAAGCCAGGCAGCUUUGCAUUGUGCUUCUUUGCUGAAAUUUCCUCAUAAAGAAAAAUCAGAAACAGCUAGGUAAGGAGGUGAGGGGAGAGGUCAGGUCUUGAUCAACCUCCCUCCCUCAACUCCUUUCUCUCUGUCUUGCUUUCUCUUGACAACUCCCGAGUCCUUAAAGCUAAAUCCUGUAUCUUAUAACAUUUGGAAAGUACGCAGUGCUUCUUGUCAGCCUAAUUUUAAAAGAAAGAAAGAAAAAAGAAAUCCCUCAACUCUGCCCAACUUCUCCAGAGCUGUCAGACGCAAUUAGAGUACAUUGAUUAGGGUUUGUUGUCAUCUUACUUAGCCUCUCCAAUUCGCUUCUUCUCUAGCCUUCUUCCACUCCUUAAUUUCUUCACUCCUCCUCCAAGCCUCAGUUUCUCCAUAGUGCUCUCUAUACAUGUGGCACUGAAAACAAAGUCUACAUCAUCAUCAUUACUGAAAACAUAAGUUUCCAGUAAUAGUUAAGCACCAUAAUAUCCCAGAGGCAGCAAUCAUUGUGGCCAAUAGGAUGGGGGACACAGCUCCCCCUCAGGCCCCAGCAGGUGGGUUAGGGGGGGCUCCUGGGGCAGGACUCCUUGGAGGAGGCUCAGUUGCCCCCAGAGUACAUAGUGCUAUUGUAGAACGUCUACGUGCCCGCAUCGCCAUCUGUCGCCAGCAUCACCUAAACUGCGAGGGACGCUAUGAGCGGGGUCGAGCGGAGAGUUCAGACAGAGAACGGGAGAGUACCUUGCAGCUCCUGAGUCUUGUGCAGCAUGGUCAGGGUUCGAGGAAGGGAGGCAAACACGCUAAGGCUAGUGCCAACCCCACGGCCACUGCAGCACCUCCUCCCACUGCCGCUCCACCUCCUCCAACAUCAGCAGCAGCAGCAGCCCCAGCCCCACCACCUCCACCAGACUAUCACCAUCACCACCACCCUCAGCACCUGCUCAACAAUGGCAGUAACUCUGGUGGGAGUGGGAUCAAUGGCGAGCAGCACCAGCAGCAGCCACCCCCCACUUCAGCUACUGGGGACCAGAGGAACUCAGCCCUGAUUGCGCUCCAGGGCUCCCUGAAGAGAAAGCAGGUGGUGAACCUGUCUCCCGCCAAUACCAAAAGGCCCAAUGGCAUUGUGGAGAACUCCUUCCUGGAUAUUAAGAGAAUACGAGUAGGGGAAAGUCUCCCUGCAGGACAAACUGGACAUCAUGUCAACAAUGGGCAAAGUCAGUUAAUGCCUAUGAGCCAGGGGCCUCUGAGGAAAACCAGCACUCUUCCAGCCAGUGUCCAUUCUCCUGGGAAUGGUAUGUAUAACUUGGGACUGAAGGAGGUCAAGAAAGAACCAGGGGAGACGGUGUCUUGCAGCAAGCACUUGGAUAGUCAAAUGACACAGGAAAAUAUAUUUCCUGGUAGAUAUGGAGAUGCCCCUGGGGAACAAAUGAUGAUGGAUCCAGAGCUCCAGGAGCUGUUUAAUGAACUGACAAAUAUAUCUGUGCCUCCUAUGAGCGACCUAGAGUUGGAGAAUAUGAUCAAUGCUACCAUAAAGCAGGAUGACCCAUUUAACAUUGAUUUGGGCCAGCAGAACCAGAGGAGCACCCCAAGGCCCCCUUUGCAGAUGGAGAAGAUGGUGAUCAAGAGUGAGUACUCACCAGGCCUGACCCAAGCCCCAGUUGGCUCACCUCAGCUGAGGCCUCCCUCAACAGGCCCUGCUUUCUCCAUGGCCAAUUCUGCCCUUUCCACCUCUUCCCCAAUCCCCUCGGGACCUCCAAGUCAGAGCCAGCCCCAGGCUUCUUCAGGGGCAAACAGGCCCCUGACCAACUGGCAAGAAGUCUCUCACGCCCAACAACUCAAACAGAUAGCUGCCAAUCGCCAGCAGCAUGCCCUAAUCCAGCAGCAGCAGCAGCAGCAGCAGCAGCAGCAACAGCACCAGCCAAGCCAGCCUUCCAGCUGGUCAGCCUUGUCCCCUGCGGUGCCUUCCCCAGGGCCCUUUGGCCAGGAGAAAAUUCCUAGCCCCAAUUUCCGUCAGCAGCAAUUCAGCCCCCAGAGCCCGGCCAUCCCUGGGGUCCCAGUGAAUGGCAGUCAGUCAAAAGCGAUGGCCAACUACAUGUACAAAGCGAGUCCCACCACCCAGAGCAGCCACCUGGACAUCCUCCUGCAGCAAAAGUCGCAGGACAUCAACAGAAACUUCCUGAGCAACCCUCACCCACCUUUGGAGCCCCAUCAUGGCAACACCAAGCCUUUGUUCCACUUUAACUCGGAGCAAGCUAACCAGCAGCUGCCUCCGGUCCUGGCUUCCCAAAGCAAGCCUUCUCUCCUGCAUUAUACCCAGCAGCAGCAGCAGCCGCAGCAGCCGCAGCAGCAGCAGCAACAGCCAUCGCAGCAGCAGCAGCAGCAGCCGCCACUGCCGCCGCCGCCGCCGCAGCAGCAGCAGCAGCCCCAGAGCUCGGUGACCGCCCAGCCGCCACCGCAGCCGCAACCGCAGCAGCCGCAGCCACCCCCCCAGCCCGCUCAGACCCUGUCCAGCCAGCCCCUGCUGAGGUCGUCCCUUCCGCUCCAGCAGAAGAUCAUGCUUCAGAAGAUGCAGGGCCAGCCCAUCUCCGGACUGCCCUACGCCGUCUCCCAGCAGCACAGACCGGAUCAACACUCUGUGGUAGGCCAGAACACAGGCCCCUGUCCAAGUUCCACAUCUUGCUCGAAUCCAAACACUGGAAGUAGUUACAUGAACUCCCAGCAAUCGAUGUUGAAUCAGCAACUGAUGGAGAAGAAGCAGGCUAUCCAGAGGCAGAUCAUGGAGCAGAAACAACAUCUUCUCCUUCAGCAGCACAUGUUGGCAGAUGCAGAGAAAAUUGCUCCACAAGAUCAGAUAAACAGACACUUGACAAGGCCACCCCCAGAUUAUAAAGACCAAAGAAGAAAUAUGGUCAACAUGCAACCAACAAGCCAAUAUUCUGGAGGCUCAGCAACUGUGAGUUUGAAUUCGAAUCAUGCUUUGGCAAACCCUGUCUCCACACACAGCAUUUUGACCCAGACGUCCAACCUGCUGUCCACUUCCCAAGGAACAAGAAUGCCUUCUUUACCAACCGUCCGCAACAUUGGGAUAUACGGAAACUUGCCUUGCAACCAACCCGGUACCUACAGUGUCCCUUCGGGAAUGACUCAGAUGGCCCAGCACAGAAGUACCAACCAAAUGAUCACCGGUCAGAGUAACCCCAUGUUGCUGCGGCCCUCUGCCCUGGGCCCGGGGAACAACAACAGCGUGAGCACUUUUGGGCCCGGCUCCAUGGCCGGCUCCCAGCAAGUGAGACCCAACUUAAACCCCAGCGUCACGAGCAUCCCGGCCCAGAGACCGCCGAACGUCAUGAUCACUUCCAGCAGCACAGCGCCCACCUGGGCCUCCGCGGAAGCCUCCGCCAAGCCGCCGGAGGCCCUGAAGGCCCCGGGAGUGCGCUUCCCCACCGGCUCCCCUGCAGCGGCAUUUGCCGCCACUCAGCCUCUGCAGCGCGGCGUGGGGAACCAGCAAUUUCCCCAGCGAGCCGUGGCUCCCCCCAGCCAGCUGACACCAGCAGUGCAAAUGAGACCCAUCAAUCAAAUGAGCCAGACAGUGAACGGACAGACUCUGGGCUCGCUCCGAGGUCUGACUAUCAGACCGAACCAGCUAAGCACACAGACUUUGUCAGGACCGGGGCUGAGCCAGGCCGGGACAGGUAUAACUCAGGCUCCAUCCCUGCCCUCCAACAGCUUUCCUGCUACCAACCAAAGCGCCAGGGCCUUCCCAGGGCCUGACCACGGCAGUGACUUAGCGUUUGACUUUCUCAGCCAACAGACUGAUAACAUGGGACCAGCGCUGAAUAGUGACUCCGACUUCAUAGAUUCCUUACUGAAAACAGAGCCUGGCAAUGAUGACUGGAUGAAAGACAUCAACCUUGAUGAAAUCUUGGGCAGCAAUUCAUGAACAAGAAGGGAUGGGAACUACAAACUCUGAGCACUCAAAGGCAGUAUUUUAUGUAGACUCUGUAAAGGUUAAGCUGUUGAUUUUUAGUUUUCCCUUUUAGUGGGACUGUGUAGAUACUGUGGCUUACUGUUGGAAGACAAAAGAGUGAUUACUGUAUUGAAAAUGUUGGUACAAAAAAAUUUCCCCUAAUAGUAAACUUGAUGGAAGUAAAGUAUGAGAUGACUUUCCAUAGCCCUGAAUUAUAGGAUAGGAUAUCCAAUUCAUUCGAAUGGAACUGUGAUGUCAAUGUAUAUUUUUAUUGAGUAAAAUGGGCCACAAAACUCCUUUCUUUCCUUCCUUCCUGAGAGAAAAGUGAUGAGAAUUUGUAAAUCACUUAAGCCUCAUGUGAUGCAGGGAAACCGGCUCCAAAUGGAGCGCAGAAUAACAGAUUCUCUCUCACACUUGAUCAUUCUUUGUGCUGUUUUAGCUUUAUCUCUGGUUUAUUAUUUUAAACCACCUAGAGCUUCUGUGGAGAAAACUACAAGAUCUGUUUGGAAUGUAAGAAAAUUGACCAGAGUAAGCAAGGGCCUGGAAUGAGUCCAGCAGGCUAUAGGCCUCUCCCCACCCACCUUGUGCUGCCAUAUGCCAUUCCUGGUGGAACAGACAACCAAGAGCACUGUUCCUACUGUUGGAACCAGGAGUUGGAGUUGUGCAGUCUCUUGAGGGAAAAACAAAAAACAAAACAAAAACAAACAAACAAAAAAACCUUUGCUCUUUUGAAUGAAUUCACAGCUGAUUCCCCAAUCCUUUUCCAAGUUUUAUAUGCAACCAAGACCUGGAUCAAAAGUUGUUGCAUGCCUGUCUGUAUGCAUUAGAUUUCACUUUUUUUUUUAAUCACUCACACACCACAAUGUUCGAAAAAUGUCCAGCUGGGCACUGUCAUAAAAGGGAUUUAUUUGGCUUACAACUGUAAUUGGGGGGAUGGGGAAGGAGUAGAGGGUUUGUUGUAAAAGUUCUCUCUGGUCAGUUCCGAAGAUGAUUGAAAUUGAAACCAACCCUAUUUCCUGAGCUGACAAAACAGAUUUCUAAGUCCAGGAAGGUUGGGAAAGCUCACCAAAGUUUAAAUUCCGUACCGUCUUCUCUGAUGGCAAAAAGAGACAGGAGGCCCUGGAAGGAACCAAAACUGGGAAAGUAAGGGACAGCAAACUGCCUCUGAGAAACAGCUAAAAUGUUUAAAAUGUAUUUGUGUCAUGAAAGUUCACAUACCAUCCAUUAAAUCUUCAACCCAUCACUUAAUAUAAGAAAGGAAACAUUUUAAGGCUAUAUACAGCCUCCAUACCCAAGAUCCAAAAUCUAAGUUUCUACUUUCACUGAGGCCCAGUGCCUCACUGACUAACUGACAGAGUGACCCUAGGUGAGAAUUUAGCCUAUUUAAUCUAUACACAAUUCUCCUGGAGAAUGGAAUUGAUCUCAUUGAAAGUAGUAUAAUUUCCCUUUUCUGCCCUUAAAACCUAAGUAAUCACCCCUUGAAAUAUGCUUUCACUCAUGCCUUUUAUGCUUAAAGCUGAAAAUAUCAAUUCUAUAAAAAUAACAACAAAAAAGAGCAAUUUUUGUGGCCUCUGAAAACUCACCCAUCAUACUCUAACAUGACUAAGCGCACUGUCCCACCUUCUGUCAGGCAGCAUCCACACCACUGGCCCAGGCUCUUCUCAGUGUUGGCUUGUAAAUAUAAAGAAAUUAUUUGUUUUGUAAACUUUUGUAAAAAAAUAUUUUGGUAGAAAUAAUUAAAAACAUAUUCUUUGGGUUAUAUUUAUACAUAUGUGAAAUAAAUAUACUAUCAGAAAGUUAUAUUUUAUACAAAAAGUAAAUUGUUACCUUUUGUAUGCUAAUAUACAAAGUUUUUGUAUAAUACAAUGGUUUAUUUUUUGCUCCAUGCCUAAAUUGCAGAUGGCCAACUGGGAAUUUUAGAAAACGAUUAACAGGCUUACAGAUAAAUGUACAUUAUGAAACCUCCAUAAAAAGCAUUCCGGUUUCAAGCCUUUUUUUUUUUCUUUCUGCAGUCAUAUUAUUUUUUGAAUCCAUAGUUCUUGUGUUUUUAUUUUGUUAUGCUGUGUGUACUGUAUUGGUCCUCACUGCACGUGGUCUGCUCUGUGCUGUUCCAUUUUAUAAAGCAGUGUUUUCUCCAAGCAAAUGGAAAGGAAAAACAACUGUACAUAAACACUUACAUUUUCUGCCUUCUCCGUGUUACUGUAUAUACCAGCUAGCACUCAGCAGUUGUGCAUCUUUGAUUCAGUUUAUAUUUUUACCCUAACAAAUAGUAUGCUUUACAGUAGCUCUCAGAAUUAAGCAAAGUAAGCCAAUCAAUCAGAGUAUUUGGAAUCGCUUCUUUCUUAAUGUGAAUUUCAUCAUUCAUGUCUAUUUAUUCAGCUACUCAUUAAAAUGCAGAAAAAUGAUGGCGAAAAUUAUGGCUCCUAUAUUUUCUCUUUGCUUGCAUCCUACUCCUAACAGUAAUGGGAUUUUCCUGAAAGUUGAAACAAUAAGGAAAAUUUGAUAGAUACAAUAUAGCUACAACUUUGGAAUUUAUGACUUAAGAGCUUCUGGAUACAAUCUCCUUUUGAAAGAAAUACCAGACUAUUGAAUUGAUGGCAUUGUUGAUCUUCCUGACAUAUUAUAUAGGAGACAGAAUUAACUUUAAAAUAAAAAAAUUAAAGGUCUAAAGGGUAAUUUCAGCAAACAGAUCCUUCUAUGCUUUGUUUUAAAUCCAAUGACAAGGAAAAAUAAAAAUCUAUAUUAUAAAUGAAUGCACUAAUAUUGUUUGCAUCUGUGUAUCAUGACAUAUACUCAUUACUGUAAAAAUUCCAACAUGUAAACAAUUAUUUUGUAUUGUGUGUAAUUCCAUGUGUUUAAGAAAAAAAUAGUUUUAAAAAAAUGUCUUAUUUGCAUGUAAUCAUAUUUUUCUUCAUACCAAUAAAUUCCCCAAAUCAUAGCUUUUCAGAGUUAGACAGAAGUAUAGCGGCAAUCUAAUCCAAAUGGUAUCCAAAUUAGUAUCUCCUCUCCUCUUCAUUAUAUCAGAAAAUGGUCAGCCUACUUCUAUUUAGAAGCCACAAAUGAGGGGAAAUCCAUUACCACCCAAUGCAGCCCAUUCCACUCUUGGAUAGCUUGGAUUAGCAAUUUUUUUUUAAAUAUGCAGCAUAAAAUUGCCUCUUUGUAACUUCUACCCAUUGCU